UGAUUCUUUUUAUGCUUCUGAGACUGAAGAGACUUUGUUCUUCUUUUCAGCUCAGAACAUCAGUCCUAUCUGCAGCGAGCUGAAGAUGGUGCGUCUCUGUUGGCUGUUUGUGAUGGCGUUCGUGUGCCGCCCCGGGUUCGGGUCGUUGUGCUCCGUGUGCAACGAGUUCAGCCGUCUGGACAAGAUACUGGACUGUUUUCACCUCUGCACAUCUGAAGUCCACUCUGAAAGCCCUGAUCUGAUUGAAUCUGCUCAGCAAACACACGAUGAUGAUGAUGAUGACAGACUCUCACUCAGCAUCAUCCUGUCCAUCCUGACCUCUGGAGACCAAACCUCAGGGUCCGCCGCCCACAGGGACGAGCGGCGUUCCUACGCCAUGGAGCACUUUCGCUGGGGGAAGCCUUCAGGCCGUAAACGCCGACCCGUUAAGGUCUUCAUCUCCUCUCUGGAGGGAGGGGCUUCCCCUGGGGCCGACCUCCUGUUCCGGGCUCGCAGGCAUCUGAGCAGAAACAAGGCCGAAGGCAAGGGGGGCGUCCUUAAAGCAAGGUAUCAAACUCAGGGCUUGUCGAGACCCAGAGCAAGACCCUCGGGCCUGCCGGAGAAGAAAUACAAAACCUACAGGAUGAGUCACUUCAGGUGGGGGAACCCCCCYGCAUCAAAAAGAGACGAGCGCUGGGAGAAGAACCGGCAGGGGCAGCUGACCCAGUUCCUCCAGAACAUUUUAAUGAAAGAUGUGUAGAGGAUGAAAAAGGACUGAGCAGAGGGCAUUCUCACAUUGGUUGAAUUGAUUACCCUCUGUAGCUGUUUUUAAUGGGUCAAUAUUAAACUCCUUAAAGGGACGGUUUGGAUCUUUUARAAUGAUGUUCUGUGGAAACGUUAGGAACAAUUAAGAUCUCGUGGAACACGUUAAAGAAUCAGUUUAAUUCUGACUGGGUGGAAGCACAGGYAACAACAGGUAAGAUAUUUACUGUUCAAAGCCUUUCCACAAAACCCCAUUUUAAAAGAUCUGAAGUGUGUUUUAUCUGGACAUUGUUUCAAAAGGUUAUUCUUUUUCAGGAGGAACGGUUUGUGUAUUUAGUUCAUCAAUAUAACAGAUUUUGUAAAUAAAACAAUAAAGAUUCUGGKUUUG